AUGCCCAGUGCCUCUUUUAUGGCGUCCAGGUCGUAUGUGAGGAGAUCCAGACGGAAAGGGGCCAACAGGAUACCUACACCAUCUAGAACAACUUCAGCGGAACCAUGUGAGCCUCGUGUCCAAUACAACCGAACCAGAACAUUCCAGCAUCUUUUCAGGCUUUUCCUCAUUUACCAAGUGUUAGUAGCACAAGCAGUGGAGGUGGUGGAGCAGUACCCGCUCAUCAUUCCCCAUAUGAUUUACGGAGGAAGUCGCCAUCCCAUCACGAUGGUCCAGGACCCAGUACUAGCGCAGCUACCGCAGGCUCUCCUACUUCUCCUGCUACUCCAACGAUCCCCGCUCAAGGAUAUACUUCAGUUAUGCUGCCCGCUAGAAAGAGGCCCAGAAGAACUUGCUCCGCAUCAUAUGAGAAUUGCACUAACACAGCUGCUCAUUACUUGCAGUACGAGCUUCCAGAUGAAGUUUUGCUCACUAUUUUUAACUAUUUAUUAGAGCAAGACUUGUGUCGCGUUAGUCAGGUGUGUAAGAGAUUUCAAGCUAUUGCAAACGACACCGAGAUUUGGAAACGUUUGUAUCAAAGUGUAUAUGAAUACGAUUUGCCAUUAUUUAAUCCGGCUCCGUGUCGUUUCGAAUUUAUAAGUCCAGAAGAAUCAGAUUUGGCUAAUCCUUGGAAGGAAUCCUUUAGACAGUUAUACAGGGGAAUACACGUUCGUCAAGGUUAUCAAGAUAUUACUUUCAAAGGUCGUAAUUUGGUAUAUUUUAAUACUGUUCAAGGCGCUCUCGAUUAUGCUGAUGAACGUAGCGGUUCCAACAGUAGCACUGGUUCAGUGUCUGGUUCUUGCAGUAAUCAUUCUGCCGAGGGUUCAUCACAAGGAGCUUUAAUAUUCCUUCACGCUGGAACAUACCGCGGUGAAUUUCUUGUUAUUGAUUCCGACAUUGCUUUAAUUGGUGCUGCCUCUGGAAAUGUUGCAGAGUCGGUUAUCCUUGAAAGAGAAUCUGAAUCAACUGUUAUGUUUGUAGAAGGUGCGAAGAACGCUUAUGCUGGCCAUUUAACUUUGAAGUUUUCUCCAGAUGUAACAUCGACUGUUCCACACCACAAACACUACUGUCUUGAAGUGGGUGAGAAUUGUAGUCCCACAAUCGAUCACUGUAUUAUUCGUAGCACGUCUGUAGUAGGAGCUGCUGUUUGUGUAAGUGGGGUAGGUGCUAAUCCAGUUAUAAGACAUUGUGAUAUUAGCGAUUGCGAAAACGUGGGCCUAUAUGUAACAGAUUAUGCACAAGGCACUUACGAGGAUAACGAAAUUAGUCGGAAUGCUUUAGCUGGUAUUUGGGUAAAGAAUUAUGCAAACCCUAUAAUGCGCCGGAACCACAUACACCACGGGCGAGAUGUUGGUAUAUUUACAUUCGAUAAUGGUCUUGGUUAUUUUGAAGCAAAUGAUAUUCACAAUAAUCGAAUAGCUGGUUUCGAAGUUAAAGCAGGUGCUAACCCUACUGUUGUACAUUGUGAAAUACAUCAUGGACAAACUGGAGGAAUAUACGUGCACGAAAACGGACUCGGACAGUUCAUCGACAAUAAAAUUCAUUCAAAUAAUUUUGCAGGCGUAUGGAUAACAUCAAAUAGUAAUCCUACCAUUCGCAGAAACGAAAUAUAUAACGGACACCAAGGUGGAGUUUAUAUAUUCGGAGAAGGCAGAGGUUUGAUUGAACAUAAUAAUAUUUACGGAAAUGCUCUCGCUGGAAUACAGAUUCGUACUAACAGUGAUCCAAUAGUAAGACACAACAAAAUACAUCACGGACAACAUGGAGGAAUUUAUGUACAUGAAAAGGGUCAAGGAUUAAUCGAAGAAAAUGAAGUAUAUGCAAACACUCUAGCCGGAGUUUGGAUAACUACUGGGAGUACACCUGUUCUAAGAAGGAAUAGAAUCCAUUCCGGCAAACAAGUAGGUGUUUACUUUUAUGACAACGGCCAUGGUAAAUUAGAAGAUAACGAUAUCUUUAACCAUCUUUACUCUGGUGUACAAAUUAGAACUGGAAGUAAUCCGGUCAUUAGAGGAAACAAAAUCUGGGGAGGGCAAAAUGGAGGUGUGCUAGUGUAUAAUGGAGGGCUUGGCUUGUUAGAACAAAAUGAAAUAUUUGACAAUGCCAUGGCAGGUGUUUGGAUUAAGACUGAUUCGAAUCCUACAUUAAAAAGAAAUAAGAUUUUCGAUGGACGUGACGGAGGUAUAUGUAUUUUUAAUGGAGGAAAGGGUAUAUUGGAAGAAAAUGAUAUAUUCCGAAACGCCCAAGCGGGUGUUUUAAUUUCUACUCAAAGUCAUCCCGUAUUGAAACGUAAUCGUAUCUUUGACGGUCUUGCAGCUGGUGUUGAAAUCACAAACAACGCUACAGCUACAUUAGAAUUUAAUCAAAUUUUUAACAAUAGAUUCGGUGGGUUGUGUUUAGCAAGCGGUGUACAGCCGAUCGUCCGCGGCAACAAGAUAUUCAACAAUCAAGACGCCGUCGAGAAAGCAGUGGCUAACGGACAGUGCUUGUACAAGAUCUCCAGUUAUACUUCAUUUCCGAUGCAUGACUUUUACAGAUGUCAGACGUGUAACACGACCGACAGAAACGCCAUCUGUGUGAACUGUAUUAAAACUUGCCAUGCUGGUCACGAUGUUGAAUUCAUUCGACACGACAGAUUUUUCUGUGAUUGUGGUGCCGGUACCCUCACUAAUCAGUGCCAGUUACAAGGUGAACCUACACAGGAUACGGACACCUUGUAUGAUUCGGCAGCACCUAUGGAGUCUCAUACACUUAUGGUUAAUUAG